GGGGCUGAUUCUCAAAUGUGAUGAAGUCAUGAAGAUGAAGUACCCCCACCUUCCUAGAGGUAUGGUUCUCUGUCCACCACUGCCACUCAUUUUGUUGUUGUUAGCUAGAAUUUCUUCUCUUUUUUUGUUUGCUUUUCUUUUUAUUUCGUUUCAUUUUCAGUGUAAGAAGAAAAAAGAAAUUUGGGGCCGAUUAUCAUAUGCUAUGAAGUACGCCUCCACCCUUCUAGAGGAGGUUAACAGCGAUUUUAGAGUCAGCUUCAAUCUGGAAAUCUUAGAGAUUAUUUCUAAGACUCCACUCCAGCGAAAUGUAGAUUGCCUCGAAUUCUGCGUGGAGAACUG